AUGCCAAACACUUCAAUAAAUGAUAUUGCUAACUAAAAAAAAUCAGUUUAAUUCAGCGAAUAACCAACUGUUCACAUUGUUGAAAAUUGGAAGGAAUUCAAUUAUACUCCUAAGGAGAUUAAAAAUAAAAAUCGAUAAAUGAAAAUUGAAAAGAUAGUUAUAAGAACCGAUUUCGAAAAUUAUAUGAUGGAGAAAUACAAUAAAGUUAAAUCUGCACUUAAAGAAUUGGCUAAUUCAUGCUCAUUUAUAUGA